AUGUGGGAUGCUGCAGGGCAUCUGUUUACCCAAUCGAAGGGGCUGUUGAAGAGUCCGGACGGGGGGGACUCGCAUCACCUGCUCGGUCCUGCGGAGGAACACCACUUUUACCACCGGGCCCAUUUCGCUCCCUGGCAGCUGUCGCCUUUACUUGUGGACAAUGAAGUUGUGGUCACUGGAACGCGAGUGAUUCUCACGGAAAGCCGCGUUGCACGACUGGACUUCAAGCACAUUGGCUUUUCAAGCGAUGCCUGCGCCAGUUGGAAACAAGAAUCGUUCGACCGAGAUGUCGUUCGAGGUUACGAAGCCAAGCGGGUGGUUCCGAAGUUCCGCCAGCUCCUUCUACCUCUGCUGGGCCUCGUGUGGUGUACCUUGGUCCUGUUUGAGAUGUCGCCCAACAUUUUGGACAUCGUUCACGACCUGGUCAUUUUGCUGCCAAUUGAGCACACGCUAUGGCUUGUCGGUGGCUCUUGUCGGAAUCUCCCGGUCUGUAAACAUUCGCUUGCAAAGCCCCUGCACCUUGCGUCAGAUGCCAUCAAGCGAUUCAGGCCCAGUCCACAAGGAAAUUCUCCGGAGACGUGGGCGGAAGCAGGGGUACGUGCAGGCUACAAGAACAAACGAUAUGAGCGCGUGAGCUUCCUGCAGCCAGAUCCAUCUUCAUUGGCGACAUCAGCGACAUUCAACAUAUCAGAGGACAGCCGCGUGUUCAGCAGGCCACCUGGUGAAGACGAGUGCCAGAGCUUUACGCCGUGGAGUGACGUGGAUGGCAAUGAUUGUCAGAAAUAUUCAGAGCCGGGAUGGCUGAUGUCUUGCCAUGAUCUUCGCAGUCUGGAAGAGCGCACGGACAAUCUGGAUGAGCGGCGAGAUUCUGAUCUGAAUCUGUCUCCACGGGAGGCAUGCUGCAGCUGUGGUGGCUCGAAUGUUACUGGGCGUGAGCUCGCAAUCAGCAAACUCGCGAGCUCUGUGUUUGCCGUCCUGGAAUCCAUUGACAACUCUCGGGAAGUGAAGUCUCAACUUCCCGCAGCCAUCGUGGCGACCGUAAAGGAGGCUGUUGAUAAUGGGAAGGAUGUGUUGGAGAGUCGACUCCUGCAGUUGAGCAACUUGGUGUUGGCGCAAGCAGGGCGCUUGGCGGGCAACAGCAAAGCCCAUCUUUAUUUUGAACGGUCAGACGAGGUGGUUCCCGCUUUGGAACUGUUGUCGAUGUUGUUCCCAUCUGCCUCGGCAGUGGUAGUAGCUCGAAUGAAGAUGGAGCAAGACCCCGGAAUGCAGCGGCAGCUGCAGCAGCUGCAGGACACGGCGACGCGAACAGCUUCGUAUGUGCGCGAAGGCUCCAAGGGCAUGCUGGAGAUUGGACCGGCGCUGCUAAGCCACCACAUGAGAGCUCUGAGCUGCUUCUGGAGGAUCUACUUCCUGGUGCUUUUCUGCAUAUGUUUGGCCGCAAUCGCAUGGUGGUUCGGUCUGCAUCGCAGGCCUGUUACUUACAUCGUCCUCCGCAGCCAUGAUAAGUAUUUUGGGCCGCAGCGGCAGAUCGAAAUGCCAGAGGUUGUUAUGCCGCUGAGCUUUUGUUGGGUUGGAUUGAGGCGUUUGAUCUUAGUGCUGCGUUUUCCUGUGCAAGUGGAAGCCCCGCGCGCUCCGAUGCGUUGCGCGGGGCUUCUGCUCUGGUUAUUCGUGCAGGUGCAGGGCCAGUUUGAGAAGCAGCGAUCCGUGGUGCAGGCACCUCUGAGUGCCGUCCAGCGGCGAACCGCAUCUCCUGUCGAUGCCUUUGGCAACCCUGUGCCGGACAGCGUGGCGAUCCCGAACAUCCCACGGGCAAAGCCUCCUGCACGUGUGACCUCCUCUGCAGGUUAUCUGGAACUGGAGCUUGUUUUGGAGACAGUGGAUCUCCAAGCAGAGUGCGAGGUGUUCCGAAACGAUGCAGACGACACGGAGCCGUCGAUAUCAUGCUUCAAAGGCUCCUGUGUCACUUUGGUCAAGCUGGCCAGCUUGAAAGUGGAUGCGCGCUACAUGUUCACCAUGCAUUCCGUCCGAAAGGUCACGGAUGGCGUGACGGGUCAGGUCUUCGAAUUUCAUGGCCCUCGAAGCCAUCCCAUCACCUUUGUGACCGCUGGUCUACCAGACUGGCAGUUGGCAAUUCCUGAGACAACGUCUCUUGGCUCCAUCGUGAUGCGGUUGUCCUGGGAGGAGCCAAACACGGGUGGCAGCGCCAUCCUGGGUUAUCAAGUUGAGAUGGAGACAAACUCCCAACCUGGGUGGCAAAUCAUCUACGACGGCCAGCAAGAUCCAAGCGUUAAGCAUUUGGUGCUUUCGAAUCUUACCUACGGCACGACCUACUUUUACAACGUGUAUGCAAUCAAUGCAAUUGGCCGUAGCCAGCCCAUCUCGACUGCCUACACGGUAGCGGUGCCACUCGAGAAAACCUUCUUCUACCCACUUUCCACCGAUCCAUCCAUCUCGCGAGAUCCAAUUCCAGACUUCAUCAUUGCUGACGUCCCGACGGACUUGACCAUCCGUGCAAAGAACCCUGUGACCGAGUGGUUCGAGGUGGAUAGCACUCAUCGCAACUACUUGGCUGCGAUACAUGAUGCCUGCGAGCUGAACUCUGAGCGUACGCUGUGCCUCCCAGUUCCCGAGCAGCAUCCGGACUACCAGGAUCAUCGACAGCGCCUGAACCAGAGCGGAUCUCAGAGACGCUUUGCAGUGGUGUUGAUGCCGAAAAGGCAACCGAAGCUUGUUUCAGAUCUCCGGUUCAUGCACGUCUUGGGGCAGUUCCAGGAAGCCGGUGGAUCAGGGUCGUCCCUGUACCGCCUGAACUACACCGGCAACAAGACGGGGAUCUAUUCCUUGAUGGUGUACGCGAUCUUCGCCAAUGGCCUCUGGGGUCAGUACUGGGAUAAUGCCUGGUUUUACGGAUUGCCGGUCCUCUCCAAAGUCGAUGAAACUAUCAGCUUCGAGUGGGGCCACCACGAGGUCACUGCUCUAGCCGGAGAUCACAUCACAGCCAGGUGGGUGGGCUUCCUUCUGGGCCCUACGACAGACGAAUACACCAUCUACGUCAAGGCAGAUGAUAGUGUUCGCGUUUGGUUUCAAGGUCAUUUGGUCGUCGACUACUGGGACUCCUCCAUUCCAUGUUGUCCCGAGCUUUGGACUCGCCAGCUGCUGGAGAAAGACAGGUUCUACUCCAUCAAGGUUGAGUGGAAGGAGAUGCAAGGCAAUGCGCAGCUGCGGCUGAUGUGGGGUCUGAUGCCAAGUCGUUGCAUGAUCAUCCCGGGUGCCAACCUUUGGCGAGGAGCUCCACUUGAAAGCGCGCCUUUUCGGAUUCUGGUGCAUCCAGGACCACCCAGCACUCAGACAAGUGGUCUUCUGGAGCCUCUGGAGCAGCUUCGGACCGGGGCUUCGCAAAGGCUUUACCUACAGGCUCUCGACACCAUGAGCAACACCGUCAACUCCACGGAUGUCCAGUUUGAAGCGUAUUUCUAUUCGCCGAGCUACACAAAUGCAACUGUUCCGCUUGUAUUCAGGUCCACUCCGCUCAUGUUGCAGAGACGAGAAGACCACAUCCACGAUCACCUGCACUUCAUCGAUCUUGUUCUCCUAGAGCCUGGCAACUACACCUUGGAGCUUUUCCUCAAAGGGCAUGGGCAGCUGGCAUCCAGCCCCAUCCACUUCUUGGCAGUGCAGGACGACAUACAACCGCAGAUGUGCACCGUUGUUGGUCCGGGCUCCAAGGAGUUCAUUGCUGGAGUGGAGACGAACUUCACUCUGCAGCUUCGUGAUGCCUUCGGCAAUGCCGUGCCACAUGUCGAUGGGGUCAAAGUCGAGGUCGACUUGGAGUUUGUGGAGGAAAUAGGGCCGAACUUGACGUAUGAUGAUCGACGGCUUCGUAACCUCACUGGCGGCCAUUAUGCGACGGCAACUUCCAUUACGAAGGGCGAGUCUGGCAGCUACUUCAUCACGUACACCGGCCUCAGAGCCGGGUUCAACCUGCUGACGAUCAAGGUCAACGGCCUUGUCAUCAUGGGCCAUGAGGAAGAGGUCAUCUACAACCCGCCCGUUCAAGGACAAAACGUGCA